AUGACCUCUCCAACUCGCACAUGGCUGAUUACAGGCUGUUCCAGUGGCUUUGGUGAGCUUUUCGUCCGACAGCUUCGCGCAUCGGGCGACAAUGUCAUUGCUACAGGACGGAACGCAGCUGCACGACUGGCUCAUUUGAGAGACACUGGUGCUAGCAUUCUGGACCUCGAUGUCUCGGCUCCGCAAGAUGUCAUUGAUGCCAAAAUGGCCGAGGCUUGGGACAUGUACCCAGGCGGAAUCGAUGUCGUCAUCAACAAUGCGGGCUACAUUCUAAGCGGUGCUAUUGAGGAACUGACUCAAAAGGACAUGGAAGACGCCUUCAAAACCAAUUUUCAUGGCCCUCUUAAUAUCACGCGGGCUCUGUUGCCCAAGAUCCGCGCCAAGGGCCAGGGAACACUGCUCUAUAUGAGUUCUCAAGCUGGGUGGCAUGCGGACCCUGGAGCAGCGGGUUACUGUGCAACUAAAUUUGCACUCGAAGGUGCUGUCGAGUGCCUGGCCCAGGAACUCGCAAUCUUUGCUCCCGGCGUCAAGGUUCUCAUCGUCGAGCCCGGAUACUUUCGCACCCGCGCCUUUGCCAACAUUGACCACGUGCCUCCCCGAAAUGGUGACUAUGCCGACUUCAACGCUGCGGUACGCGGUGUCGAGGCUGGUAUAGUGGGAAAGGAGCCCGGCGAUGCAGAGAAAGCCGUAUCGAUUAUUAUUGAUCUGGUUCGAGGCACUGGCGUUGCGGCGGGAAAGGAGAUCCCGCUGCGCAUCCCACUGGGGAGUGAUGGGUGGUCCAGAAUCAAAGCCAAAUGUGAGAAUACGAUCAAGAUAUGCGAUGAGUGGGAGGCAGUUGCGAAGAGCACAGAUUUUGGCGCAUAG